UUUUCAUACAGUAGGAGGACAUUUUUCUGUCAGCACAAAGGGCAAAAAAACAAAUGUCUCUGCUAUUUCAGCAGAGGAACUUGCAUUCAUCAAAGCAAUGAGAAGAGCAAAGCAUGUUACAGAAGCUGUGCUGUGUGAUUCUACUCAUCAUCCAGAGGGAUACAGAAAAAAACCUUGGAUCUAUUCGAAUAACAGCUGCUAGACUGUUGGAUGAAGGCACCUUCACAUGUAUCUUCAGUGUUUUCCCCAGUGGAGCAUACAGUACAGAGAUAUCUCUAACUGUGCUUGUUCCUCCAGUAGUGAGUGUGACAGUUGAUGUUCCUCCUGUCAUUGGGGAGAAUGAGGUAGUCUUGGCAACCUGCAUGGCUGCUGGUGCCAAGCCACAGGCAGAAGUGAAGUGGAUUUCAGGUACAUUCGGUAGUUUGUUGAGGACGGUGACCAACUCCACCAAGCAUGCCAAUGGAACCACCACAGUACUCAGGCACCUGCUCGGGGUGCCAAUCAGAGCAGCCAGUCAGCAGCAGGUCCAGUGUGUCGUCAACCAGUCUUCCCUGGCAACAGAAAGUAGCUACAACUACACCAUAAACAUCCACUAUCCACCUCAGUCAGUGAACAUCACCCUUAGUGAGGCCUCUAAAGCCACAGUCUUCCUAUGUGUAGCAGACAGCAACCCACAACCCAACUACACAUGGAGCAGAGUGGGCCAGCCAUGGCCUGGGUCUUCAGUGAGAGCAGAGGGAGACAUACUGCACCUCCUCAGUCUCAGCUCUGAGCUGAAUGGUCUCUAUGUCUGUGAGGCCUCCAACCCCUACGGACGAGCAACUGGCUCCCUCUAUGUACACACAUCCUCUGAGACCUCUGCUGCCUGUUGGGUUCUACUCGUUGUCAUUCUAUGUCUGAUUGUUGUUGCUGCUGCACUCAUAUGGUACCGGUGGAAAUACGGACAGUUUCCUUGGAAUUCAAUCAUGGCCAAUCACCAGUUCCAGGCACCCCCACAGGUUGAGGAAGAUGAACCUGGGACGUCUGGGUUCUAACACUCCAAACCAGGAAGGCGGAUAAGGAAGAAGUAUCAUGAUAAAUCGCGUACAGGCUGAGAGCGGAUGCCAGAAGAAUCUCAGACAUGCAAUGGAUGUGGGAAGAUUUCCAGUCCACACAUUUUCCAUUGUUCUAACCAUUUGCAAAGAAGAGGCACAUUCUCCAACCAUCUAAUGAACAGAGACCCUAGCAGUAUUCACUGUGACAUUAGAAACCUCGGCUCGGCCCCUCCUCCACCACAGCUUUUCUCGUGGACUCAGCCUUGUCAUGGUGGAGGGGCUUUGUUGCUUCAGCGGGAACAACAACUCUCCUGUAUGUAUGCAUGUAUGUAGGUAGGUAUGGUGUGUGUUGAAGCCAACUAAAGGGAGGCCGGGUAUAAUCUAAAUAAUAUGUACAAAUUGAGAAUCUUGUCUGUAAUGACUAGCAAAACCCUGGCUGAUGGUGUUACUUGUUGAUGCUCCAAAAAUUAUUCCUUCAUAUUAUGCAGCCUUAUGCAGUGUUGCUACAGGGAGCAGUUAUAAGAUGAACCAGGAAAUCAAGGGUGUGGCUAGUGAUCCACUGGGAACAGAAGCUCCACUAACAGCUGCCUUAUGAUCUAAGCAUAGGGCUGUUAUGGUGAUGAUAUUACCGCCACACCGGUGGUCACGAGUCAUGAAGGCAGUCAAAUUCCACUUGACCGUUUAGUAACGGUAAUUAGGCUUCUCCAAGCUCUGAUGCUGCUGAUGGUCAUUAGUAGCUUACCAAAGUUGCUAAUUGCCUGGUACGCAGCACUCUAUUGUCCCUCUAAUCACUCUGACAUCAAUGCAAAUGUAAUCUAAAAUGCAAUCAAACACUUAAUGAGAGCUCAUGAGCUCAUGUCGCACAACAUUUCAAUAGUCUAUUCAAUUGUGUGAGAAAACAGAGUGAUGACCUCUAUUAAAAAUAGGAGGAUCCCAUCUGCUUUCUAUAGGCUAGACCUACUAUAUUUAUUUCUCAACUUUCCUAAUAUUAAGUACAUUGCUUCUCUUUACAG